AACUGAAAGCGAUGAUACCAAAGAAGUUAAGCGGACCUUCACUCCAAACACAAGACCCGAGUAGAGAGUACAAGUACAACUCUGCAGCAGCCUACCGGGGGAAUGGCCACAGCCGGCGCCACCAAGAGACGCCGUGGCAAAAGGAAAGGCACAAAGAAGAGGGUCAAAACCAAAACCCAAGCUAAUCUCAUCAAUUCCCAGUCCGGCCAUCACAAACACCUCUCAAAUUCAAUACCCCUGUUGAUUUCCGCCAUCUCUGGUGCGCACUCCUUCCUCCUCCGCCACGACCUCCACCUCUUGCCCUCUCAGUCCUUAUCCUUAGAAUCCCUACUCUCCGCCACAUCUCGCUCACUUUCCCGUCUAUACUCGCGCCUCUCGUUCCCUAUACCUCCUACCCCUCCUCCAUCCCCGCCCCCCGAGCAAAAUUGGUUUGAGUCUUUCCUCUCCUCUUCUCCCGAUUACGAUCCGAGGUGGGUUCAGUUCUUCAACCUCUCUAAGCCUUCUUUCACUCUCCUCCUCCGCCUCCUCACCCCUUCUCUGACCUCAUCUCUCCAUCCCUUGCCCCCCAAUGCCGCCCUCGCCGCUACCCUUUUCCGAUUGUCUCAUGCCGCAUCCUUCUCUGCUAUUUCUCGACGAUUCUCUCUUGACUCUUCCACCGCUUGUAGAGCUUUUUAUUCUGUAUGCAAAGCCAUUGUGGAAAAUCUUGGUCAUUUGUUUGAGUUCAACUCAGAUAUCAAUAGGAUUAUAGUGGGUUUUGGGUGGAUUUCUUUGCCCAACUGUUGUGGAGUUUUGGGGAUUGAGAAGUUUGAACUCGAGGGCCAUUUGAUGGGUGAGAAUGGGUCUUUGUUAGUUCAGGCUUUGGUGGACUCUGAAGGGAGGUUCUUAGAUGUGUCUGCUGGCUGGCCUGAGAGUAACAAACCUGAAGACAUAUUGAAACGGUCGAAGCUGUUCUCUGGAAUUGAGGAGUCGAAGGAGUACUUGAAUGGGCCGUCUUUCGAGUUAAAUUCUGGCAAUUCAAUUCCCCAGUACAUUUUGGGUGACUCAUGUUAUCCACUUUUACCUUGGCUUUUGACCCCGUAUAGCGAGAACAGGGAGUUGAGUUCUUCAGAAACGGCAUUUAAUGGGGUGCAUAGUAGAGGGAUGGAGUUGAUGGGGACAGCAUUCACAAAGGUUAAGCAGAGAUGGAAGCUUGUGGGGAAGAAAUGGAAGGAUCAAUGUAUUGAGGCUUUUCCCUUUGUAAUUGUUUCUUGUUGUUUACUGCACAAUUUUCUCAUCAAGUGCAGUGAGAUAUUGCCAGACGAACAUGCCGAGGGCUAUAGGGAUGCAGGGUUUCCUGUUUUUGAUGGAGAGGACAAUGAAAGUGGGAAGAGAAUUCGGGAUGCACUUGCUUCGCACUUGAGUCGGGUAAGUCAGAGAUCAUAGAUGUUGUAGGACUUGUUGGGAUACAUGUAAUGUAGUGUUUUCUAACUUUAAUGGAUCCAAGCUUCCAAAUGCAUUGCUGGUUUGUCUUUUUGAUGUGCUUUCAUGUAUGAUGAGUUCUCUUUCCCCUGACCUUCUGUAAUUAUGUGAACCACAAUUGGAAACUCAGUUUUGGAAACUAUAUAUGCUUCUAUCAUUCA